CCAGCUCGCUGCCUUCGGUCAGACCCUCGCCACCGAAAGAGCUGGAGCCCAUGCCCCUGCCCCGCCGGGGGAGGGAAUCCCGCCUAGCCGGCUCCCGAGUGGCCGGCACUAGCCUCCCGCGGGCCAGAGCCCACUCCCCUAGGCGUGCCGGCCGCGGAACCCAGUUAUUGAGCCAUGCGCAACGCCUCACCCGGCGGCGCCAUUCCUCCGAGCAGGUCACACCGGAGCCCGAGCAGCAGGCUGACUUCCGCUCGGAAAAGUGGCUCCAAGAGCGCGCCGGAGGGGACGCCAGGGAUUCGCGGCAGGCUUUGCUUGCUGGGAUGGGCUCUAGGCACAGGUUCUUCAGUCAAGAAGAGGUAGUGAUCCCCUGUGCUUCUGACAAUGACUCAGGAAGUGUGGAUUUGCAGCUGAGCAACUUAGAUGAUAUUAAAAAAGGCGAAAGUAGCAUUGAAUUUACAGACUUGGACAUCCCUGACAUUCCCGGACUCCCUCUGGAGUCCCUCACAGAGAGGGAGUGCCUCACAGAUAGCUUCAGACAGCUGGCCUACGAGGGGCCCCUCAGUGAGGCCAAUGUUCAGAGACUGAUCCAGUCCAUCCAGGAGGUGAUUGGUGGUCAUCCCUUAAAGGGUGAACUGGAAAAGCUGACAUUCCUACAAUCUUUGUCUUCUCUCAGCCAAAAUAUCCCUUAUGAUGAAACCACAGACACAUUCAUUCUUAGCCAUAUAGAAGACAUUGUGCAUAUUCUAAAUGACCUGGUACAAGAGGAGCCCCUGCGAUCUCUGUUCAGCCCCGUGCGCCAGGAAGUCUUUGUUACUAUUGCUAACCUCAGUUACCACAACGUCCAUUUGCUGUUUGGCUCUGAAGAUCGAGCUGACUUGUUCCAGCUUAUCACCAGAAGUAUGAUCACUCUGCCCCCGCUAAAGACUCUUACCCAGCUGCAGGAAAUCACUCCCAGUGGGCCCUACGACACAGAGUGUCUCUACAGGCAAACAUUCCAGGCAUUCUCCGAGAUGCUCCAGAUUUUGGUGGUAAAAGACCCACAUUUGGAAAAUCUUGACACCAUUUUUCAGCACUUGGACCCCUGGUUACAGUCACCAAAGGACCACGAGCGGAAGCGGGCGACGGCCAGCAUGGCCCAGGUUCUGAAGUGCUUAUCCAAACACCUCUGCCUGAAGCCUCCAUUGCGAUUCCAAAGACUUGGACACCUGGUGGCUGUGAUGGCAUUGUUGUGUGGAGACCCACUGCAAGUUGUGGCAGAGGAGGCUGCCGAGGGCACACACUACCUGCUGCAUAUCACCCUGCGGAUGAAGUAUGUUACUCAUGACGAGAAAAACCACCAAAAUUUGAGAAAAGCAUUGAAAAAGUGUCGUGACUUCCUGGAGCUCUACAAUAUUAAACGGUUCUACCGUUAUCCCUUCAAAAUUGCCCAGGUUUUUGAAGUUUUCCUCAAUUCAGAAGAACUCUGCCAGUUCGUAAUGACCACAUUGGAUGGUCUCAAAAAUCUGAGACAUUCCUACACCCAGAAGGCAGCAGGAGAGUUGCUAAUGACUUUGGUGAAAAACGCAGAAUCCCGAUUUGAGAAGGUACCAGAAAUUAUGGGAAUUAUAUGUGCCCGGCUAUCCAUAAUCAGCCAGCCUAGAGUCCGACAACAAGUCAUAAGUACUGUGAGUUUGUUUAUCUCCAGGCCCAAGUACACAGAUAUAGUACUUAGUCACCUUCUGUGUCAUCCAAUACCAUAUGACAGGUAUCUGACUGAGUUGUGGAGAACCCUGGAGGCAGAGCUGCCCAGCACAACCUGGAUCCUGUGGAGACUCCUGAGGAAGCUGCAGAAAUGCCAUAUGGUGCCCACCCAGGAGAAGAUGGCCUAUGUGGCUGUUGCUGCAACGUGUGCCCUUUAUGAGGUGUUCAUGGGAAACAGGCUUCGAGCAGCCAUGCUCCGACUCUUUCCUCAGCUUCUCAUGACACUGCUCAUCCAGAUCCACCACAGCAUCGGCCUCACCAUGUCUGAUGUCAACAUCCCAAGUGGCCUGUACACAGAACAGAAAGUGUCGACGGAGGUCACACCUUUGUGCUUUGCCAUUCAGGCUACAAAGUCUCUCCUCCUCAGAACAUUGUGCUGGCAGGAAUUCCACAUCAUGGAAAAGAAUAAAGGAUGGACUCUUCUGGAAGAAAAAGAUCGCCAUCUUCAGGGAAUAUCACUCCUUGCCAACGCAUUGCUGGAAAGAAACCAACUCCUUGCACAUAAAGUCAUGUACCUGUUAGUGCCUUUUCUAAACCGAGGGAAUGAUAAGCAUAAACUCACAUCUGCAGGCUUUUUUGUGGAGCUUCUCCAGAGUCCUGUGGCCAGGAGACUGCCUAGUAAAUAUUCUACAGCCCGCUUGAAGGACUGGCUGAAUCAUGAAAAUGAGGCCUUUAGAAUUCUUGCCUUGAGGGGACUGUGCAAUCUCAUCAGACACCAGGAGAUGAGGGAAGACAUCAAGAGCCUGUUGCCAUGCAUUUUAGACAGCUUAUAUGAAACCGAUGAAAAGAUUGUUUUGUUAGCCAUUCAGAUUCUCCUGAAGCUCGUCAGGACAAUGGAUUUUACUACGCUGGCUGCCAUGAUGAGGACACUGUUUUCCUUAUUUGGUGAUGUGAGACCUGAUGUUCAUUGUUUCUCCAUGACCCUCUUUGGAGCCGCCAUAAAGUCUGUAAAGCACACAGAUAAGAAGGGUGUGGAGAACCAGGUCCUGGACAGCUUGGUCCCACUUCUUCUGUAUUCUCAGGAUGAAAAUGAUGCAAUAGCUGAGGAGAGCCGGCGAGUCUUAACCAUCUGUGCUCAUUUCCUGAAGUGGAAGUUGCCCCAGGAAGUGUACUGCAGAGACCCCUUGUACAUCAGACCUACUGAAGCCGGAAAAAUCUGCAGAUUCUUUGGAAUAAAAUGCAGGGGGAAAAUUAACAUCUUAGCCCAAACUCUGAUGUACUCCAAGAAUACAAAACUUCCCAUCAGAAGAGCAGCAGUCUUGUUUGUAGGGCUUUUGUCAAAAUACAUGGAUCAAAAUGAGCUCAGUAUAAAGGGCACUGACUGGAUUCAGAAUGAUCUGAGAGAGAUGCUACAUGACCAUGAGCCUUCUCUGCGCAUCAUCGUCUCCCAGGCUCUGUUCCGAGUCCAGAAGGCAAUGGCUGAACCAGAACCCGAGCCGUCAGUUUGCUGGUUGAGGAAGCUCAUGGGCUGUCUCCCUACCUAG